UUCCACUCCUGCUCUGUGGGGGAGGUAGAGGGCAGACGUUAGACAACAGUGAACAGAGGACCUGUACAACGAUGCUGUGUUAGCAACACCGGCUACUCUAAAUUAAUUUAUCGGGCGUUUUUCUUUUGGAAAAAAUGAAAUUGUACUGUUUGUCAGGUCAUCCUACAUUGCCUUGCAAUGUCCUCAAGUUCAAAUCGACCACCAUCAUGCUGGACUGUGGACUGGACACCACCUCAGUCCUCAAUUUUCUGCCCCUUCCUCUGGUGCACAGCCCAAGACUCUCCAAGCUACCUGGAUGGGUCUCUAAGGAUGGAACAAUAAACUUGGAAAAGGAGCUGAAGGAUUGUGCAGGACGGGUGUUCGUGGACUCGCAGCCAGAGUUCUGUCUGCCUGAGAGAGAACUGCUGGACCUGUCGACCAUCGAUGUCAUCCUCAUCUCCAACUACCACUGUAUGAUGGCUCUGCCCUACAUCACCGAGCACACGGGCUUCACCGGGACCGUUUACGCCACCGAACCCACGCUGCAGAUCGGGAGACUGCUGAUGGAGGAGGUGGUGAAUUUCAUGGAGAGAGUUCCCAAAGCUCAGUCUGCCACCUGCUGGAAGAACAAGGAAAUACAACGGAUGCUUCCCGGGCCUCUGAAGGAUGCGGUGGAUGUGUGGACGUGGAAGCGAUGCUACAGCAUGCAGGAGGUCAACUCUGCCCUCAGCAAAGUGCAGCUCGUGGGUUAUUCCCAGAAAGUGGAGUUGUUUGGAGCCGUCCAGGUCUCACCGUUAAGCUCCGGUUACUCGUUGGGCAGCUCCAACUGGAUCAUCCAGUCCCAUCAUGAGAAGGUGUCCUACGUGUCGGGUUCAUCCCUCCUCACCACACAUCCACAGCCGAUGGACCAGAGCUCCCUGAAGAACAGUGACGUUCUGAUUCUGACGGGCCUCACCCAGAUGCCCACCGCCAACCCAGACGGCAUGCUGGGAGAGUUCUGCAGUAACCUGGCCAUGACCAUCCGGGCAGGAGGCAACGUUCUGGUGCCCUGCUACUCCUCAGGCGUGAUCUACGACCUGCUGGAGUGUCUGUACCAGUUCAUCGAGAGCGCCAGCCUGGGGACCACGCCCUUCUACUUCAUCUCUCCUGUAGCCAACAGCUCGCUGGAGUUCUCUCAGAUCUUUGCUGAGUGGCUCUGUCAUAACAAACAAACCAAAGUGUAUCUUCCGGAGCCUCCGUUCCCUCAUGCAGAGCUGAUCCAGACCAACAAGCUGAAGCACUACCCCAGCAUUCACGGAGACUUCAGCAGCGAGUUCCGUCAGCCCUGCGUGGUCUUCACCGGCCAUCCCUCCCUGCGCUUCGGAGACGUGGUCCACUUCAUGGAGCUGUGGGGAAAGUCCAGCCUCAACACCAUCAUCUUCACCGAGCCAGACUUCUCCUACCUGGACGCUCUGGCUCCCUACCAGCCGUUAGCCAUGAAGUGUGUCUACUGUCCCAUCGACACUCGACUCAACUUCCAUCAAGUGUCAAAGCUGCUCAAAGAAGUCCAGCCCCUCCAUGUGGUGUGUCCGGAGCAGUACACCCAGCCCCCCCUCACCCAGUCCCACCGCUCAGACCUGAUGCUGGAGCUGCAGCCUCCUCCCAUGCCCUACAGACGCUGCUCCGUCCUCAACCUGCCCUUCAGACGGCGCUACGAACGCGUCUACAUCCUGCCAGAGCUGGCCAACUCCCUCGUGCCCUCCGAGAUUAAGCCUGGCGUCUCCGUGGCAACCGUCUCUGCAGUGGUUCACUCCAAGGACAACAAGCACACGCUACAGUCGGUCCCCAAACCUCCUCCUGUGGCUCCCAGCAAGAAGAGGAAGCGAGUGAUGGACGAGCCCCCGGUGGUGAUGACCCCCAAACCCCUGCUGAGCGGAGCGGUGCCGCUGGAAGCCUUCCUGGCAACGCUGCAGAAGCACGGGAUCACCGAGGUGAAGGUGGAGGAGACGGCAGACGGACACAUUCUGCACCUGCAGGCCGAGGACACGCUGAUCCAGCUGGAGGAGGACGGGACGCACAUCGUCUGCGACAACAACGAGCCGCUGAGGACCACCCUGAGAGACCUGGUGCUGCGCUUCCUGCAGAAACUCUGACCUGGACCCUCCUCAGGCCUCGUUUUAACAGCACGAGGUACAGUCACAAAGAUCUGAGACUGAUUUAAAUUCUACAUGCAGAUACUCAGAACCUCCUGGAAGUCCCGUCAUGUCUCCUAAACUGUCCAGGUAAAAGUCCAUCCAUCCGAGGAAGAGGAGAAGUCACAAGAAACCAAAUCUUCAAGUAGGGUUGUGGACAAAAUGACGUGUUUACCCAGGUCUGCAUAUCAACCACAAAGUGAAUAUUUGUCAGGAGUUUUUAUGCUCAAAUCAAGCCCAGCUCCAGAGAAAGCUGAAAUACAUUCUAGGCCGUGGAUUUGUGUCUCAGUGGUUCACAUUUGAAUGUGAGACGCUUCAGAUCAAAUAUUAGUCACCAGCGAUGGAUGGAGCCUUUAAAGUUCAUCUCUUCACUCGGAUCAGAACCUCAGAAUGGAGCCAGCAUCCCAGUCUGACAGUGAACCACUUCAUAGAAAGUCAAAUACUCUGCUUUAUUUUCCGUGGCGUCGACGUCUCGUUUCCACCAGAUGUUCUCCAAACACCUCAGGACGGAGCAGAAGAGCUCUGCCUCAGGUGGGCUGAUUCCUGGUGAAGAACCACAUGAACGUUGAAGAAAAGCGUCCUCUGCCAGCUGCUGUUUCUCCUCCUGAUGGAAGCUGCUGAUCCUCCACGUGAAGGUCGGAUCCACUCAGCUGCAGAUGGACGCUAAAUGUUUUAGAUGUUUUCUUCUCUGCUUCAAGUUUGAGCUAAAUGAAGAAAUCCAAAACAGUCCAAAGACUUCAUGUUUGUGCUUCACUGGACUGCAGACGGAGCCGAGUACUGACCUGUCCUGUUUAACGCCGCAGCAGUAGUUCUGCUGUCAUGUUUUAUUUGUAUGAAGCUCACACAGAUGGAUUAUUUUGUAUUAAAAAAUAGUUGUAGAAAACUA